AGCGCUUGCGGAAGCAUGUUGAUACACUGUUGUUUUGUAGUUAAUUUAGAAUUCUGAUACUUUUCGGUAGAUCGCUGGAAGCCCGCUCCAGUUUGAUACACACACCGGCACGUCCUUGGCACGAUCACUGCAUUUGCGCGAUCACGACACACAAGAUCCGCGUCUACAAGCUGUUUUUCAGUGGGAUUCUGGCCAGUUGAAUGCAUCCAGGGUAUGACGACUAAUCACAGAGGAAGCAAAGAUUUAAAGGUGAAGAAGGAGACAGGUGAGAAUGCUCCCAUGCUGAGCGAUGAUGAAUUGGUCUCCAUGACGGUUCGAGAGCUGAACCAGCACCUGCGCGGCCUCACCAAGGAGGAUGCGGUGCGACUGAAGCAGCGCCGGCGGACUCUGAAGAACCGUGGCUACGCUGCCAGCUGCCGUAUCAAACGCGUCACGCAGAAGGAGGAGCUGGAGCAGCAAAAGACGGAGCUCCAGCACGAGGUGGACAAGCUGGCCCAGGAGAAUGCCAGCAUAAAGCUAGAGCUGGAAGCCCUCCGCUCUAAUUACGAGGCCCUGCAGAGUUUCGCCAGGUCCGUGGCACGGGGGCCGAUCACGCCAGCCAAGGUGGUGGCCACCACCAGCGUCAUCACCAUCGUCAAAUCAGCCGACCACAAGACAAGCUCUGCUCACUUCUCCACCCCGUCCUAGUGCCGUACUGCGAGCGCUCGGGUCAGUUAGUCCUGUGGCAUUGACAUUGGGUGUCCAGUACCUAUUGCAUCAUUCAUUAUACCUACCACCCUCUUGCCAGUCCAUCCAGUUGAUUUUCAGACAACCUCAGUGUGGUUUCCCUUUCUUGGACACCUAUUUCGGUCAGAAACUUUUGUUCAGUCCCAUAAACUUUGUGUUUGUGCUACAAAAUUCCCAGUACCGGCUAGGCAUAACUUCUGUAUGGGAAACCUGAGAGACAACAAAGCACUUAAUCCAAAUCUACAUUCUCUACCUUAUAACGACAGAAGCACUGUGGUCUGUUACAGCAAAUAAGCACUUAUUUUCUGAAUUUGGGCCAUUUGUGGUACUGACACUACCACAGAAAGAAAAUACAGGCAGAAGUCUUUAAUUCUUAAUACAAAUUGCCGCUAUCAGUUCCUUAUGGCACUAAAAUAAAAAUACUUUACUGCAAACUGUUACAGUACAAAAACAAAUCGCUCACUAAAAUACAUAUACAGCAUUUCUACAUUUUCCAGAGAAUGUUGUUUACAUAUCAGAGCCUCUUAAAAAUAACUUUUUUUUUUUUGUUAUACAGUACUAAGAUUCAAGUCACUAGAGAGGUUUUAAUGAAUGAAAUGUUGUUUUAAAUUAACAUAAUCUAUUUUUUUACAUUUAGAAUUGUAUGCAGAUAAUGAAUGGAGAGGCACAUGCAAGAUAAGCACACGGUUAUGUAAAUGUUUGUAUGAUCCUGAUAGUUUGCUAUCAAUGCCAUUUUUCAUGGUAGGUAAUCCAUAUUGGAUAGAUAGGGGCUGGCUUUGCAAAAUAAAAAAAAAUGAAAAAAAGUAUAUUAAGUGUAUAUUACAGAUUAAAAGGAAAAUAUUGUUUGAAUUUAAACCGAUUCAAAGCUGACAAUCACAGCUUUCUCUCCCAGAGACUCUUAUCUGAAAUCCAUCUCCUUUGCCUAGUCAAGAUGCCAUUGCCGGUGCUGGGUAGCUUCAAUGCAACGUAUUUAUGGUCAUAAGAUAAUAUUUUGACACGUCCAAGAGAGUAAAAAUAAAUACAUUCCAAGAGUCUACUCCAGUUUGUCAGAAUAGGAGGGGAGUAGUCUGGUUGCUUACUGUUAAAGUAGAAAUGUCUAGGACAACUGACUUUAACAGAUUUACAAUAAGGAACAAUAUUGCAGCAAGAAAAGUUUGCGUUUUAUUAUUUUUUUAUUAUUAUUUAUACCAAGAAAAGUGAGAUUUUGCACUGGUUCUGAAAAAUGAUUCAAGAAACUGUAUUUCAACUGCAAGCCAGUUGUCCAGUUACCGUAUCUUUUAAAUGCGUGUCUUUUAGGGUAUUCAGCUGGUUUCGCAGACCGCGAUUAGCCCUGGAGUACCUUAUGUUAAAUUAGGUAACAUUUCAAGUCCCAAUUCUAUUGACCGCUAGAUGGGUUUCUGAAAACUAGAGCAGACUUGGUAGUGUUCCUUUUUACUCCAUGAACACGACUUUACACUCUGCUCCCAACAGCCCUUCUCUGCACAGAAGCAGCUGUGGCGUACAAUAACUGCUGCUGUCAGGCCAUCUGCAUACCCAAGGAAGAUUAUUGUUGUGCUCUUAUUAUCAUUAGCUUGCAUUCCCAAACUUCGUUUUCUGUAGUUUUUAGUGUCCAGGGCAUGAAAUAGUUUUAGAAAGGGCCAGAGAUCAGCACCAUCCAAAUAACAAAUGGUUAUUUUAUUUCUCAUGUGUAAAUCCCCAUAAAUUGAAGUUUUAAUUUCUGAAAAAAAAGACAAAAUAUUAUCUCUUGUAAUUUUACAUAAUGGGUUAUCAAAUCAUAUAGUGUCGAUUAAUCAUAGAACUGAAACUACUUUUAAUUGUGAAAUUAUGUUUUGAAUCUUUCAUUCUCCAUCCAAUUGUUUUUUUGUUUCUUAGUUUUAGUAGUUGUAUCUUGGAUUCCUAAACUUUUAAUGAUUAUUACAUUUUAGAAUAAGAUAUUCUAUAAAUGUGGAAUGUAUUUUUAUUUAUCGAGAAUUUGUUUCCAAUUUAAAUUGCAUGUUUAGGUGCAGUUAUAUGUCCUAAUUCAUGCUGGCCCUUUGCCAAAUCAAAGAUAAAAAUGAAUUCAUUGCCUUGAAAAAAGUAUCCUUGUGGCUUGUUUUAGACUUUGCAGACACCCAGUGGCAAGUAUUUAGUAAAGUAACACAAAAAUGAGUAGAUUCUGUAUGAGCUUGAUGUUGAUCUAGGAAUGUGAGCGUUCUAAUAAAAAAUGACAACCUAAUAUUUGGUUGUAAGCGUAGGAAAUUAUCUUUUCAGGUAUAUUUGUACUUCCUACAGUUUCCCAGAUCCAGCCAACAAACCCCAUCUGCUUGUAAAGCCAUCUUAAGUACUCGGUAUCAUCAGAUUUUGUUAAGGCUGGCAUUGUAUAUACGCGUUAAGCACUUGUAACUCAUAACCCUACUUUCUACAGAACCUCACCUGGAUUGGUGCUCAGCUAAUGUCUGAUAGAAAGUGAACCUCUGGUAAACAUCUAGGGGUUUCGUUAUGUGAAAAUUCAUAAUGGGCAUUCACCAUUGAUAAAAUUGACAGAUUUCAAAUGAGAGAGCAAAUGUAGACAAAAGGUAAUAUGUGUGUCGAGACUUUUUUUUAUUUAUUUAUUUAUUUAUUUUUAUUUAAGGACUAAAGGGGUAGAACUGGAAACAGUAAUAAGGAAACAUAACUUUUUUUUUAAUUUAUUUUUUUUGCCAGGAGAUAAUUCUAGACUCUGUUUCAUGCCCUGGUAUUCUGUGUGUACAAGUGUUUAUGUUCCCUCAAAUGUCCUGUAUGCAAAAGAAAGGUUUGCUGUACAUAUUUAUCUUGUUGGAUUCCAAUUUACAAAAUCCCACUGCUUCCUUUUUUUUUUUUUUUUAAUAAGAACUUGUAUUAUGCUGGCUGAGUUUUGUCUGGGUAAAUUAUUAAAAGGACACUUGCCGUAUAUGAAGAUAUUUAAAUUAUAUAUAUUCACUCCUACUUUAAGCCAUUUGCCACUGCGUAUAUGUACUUUCCUAAUUCUUACUGUGGGAUAAGGUCGGGGGUCACCUAGUUAUAGAUACUCCCCAAGUCAGUGCUCUUUAACGGGAGUGGGGUAUUCUGCUCUGUGGCUGCACUUUCGGCUAGAGGUAACUAUGGGUUAAAUAAGGGGUAGUAGAAGAUUGAUCACCUGAAAAACACAAGGGAAUCUUAAUUUGUUAGAUAAUCUGUUUCCAUGUCUAUUUUGAUAUUUAUUUUAGUUUUGUUGCUUUUAUUAUUUAAGUUAUUGUAUUUUAUUCAGAUCUAUUGUGGAUUGAUAUUAACUGUACUCCUGGUAUAUAUGCAGAAUAUCUCUGCUUUCCAUUCUCAACAGAAAAACAGAAGUCAUUUACUGCUGUGACUUUUUGUACUUUUCAAUAAAGCAUUUUCUCAUGAA